AUGGAAAACAGUCAAAGAUUAGUUGAUGACGAUGUGCCUGUUGUAAAACCUGAUAAUAUUAAUGACGUGCCUGAGAGAUUCAUUUAUCAAGCAAUUCUUGCAACACCCAUUCCCCAACCUUUUUACACUGCAAUUAAUUCAACAAACUCAACAUUUGAAAUAUUUACAACAACACCAAUGUCUAGAACUUCAAUUAAUGGAUCAACUAAUCCCCUCAAUCAAACUACAAGUACAACACCUGCACAUCCACCUACACCUCCACCUACAUCUCCACCUACACCUCCACCCCCAGGUGAAGGUCAACUGGAAGACUGUUUGUUGGGGAAUUCCGAUACAAAAAUAAAAUGGGUCGAUGGUGACGGCAGACUAAUUCAUCAAAAUAAUUGCUCAAAGGAUUUGUCAUAUCAAUAUAAAAAAGAUAUUUUAGAGCUAGAGAUUGCAAACAUUAUCGAAGAUAUUCACAGCACUGUUAAUGGAGUUGUAGUAAGUUAA